AUGGCGCCGUCCACCGCAUUCCAGAAAACGAAGAGUGGUGGUAGAACAUUCUCCCCACCUCGGCCAGGCGGCAAGUCGAAGGUGACCACCAAAUCGACGAAAGAGAAGGGCGCGGCCGCCCGACACAGUUUAGGUGCGAUGGGGAACUCGAAGGUGCACAAACAACAGCAGCAGCGAAAACCCAAGGCAGGACAGAGGCCGAAACCGCGAAAGCCAGCGCGGAGAGGGGACGCGGGCACUAUGAGAGCCAUACUGCGGGCAGGGGGGGACUCAGACUCGGAAGAGGAAGAGGAAGACGACGACGAUGAUCAUGGUGGUGGUGCCGAGGACGAGAACCUUGACGAUGAGGAGGAUGAGGACGACGACGAAGAUGGCAAUGACGAUGAGGCACAAGAAGACGAAAACGAGUCGGAGGAAGAAGAAGCCUCCCUCGCUCAUGACCACGAUCUCAAUCUCUCCUCCCCAGAACCCGACUUCAUCCUCGCCGAAGUCAGCACCACCACGACAGGAGGAAGAAGAACGAACACGACCUCCUCCCCAUUCUCCUCCACAGACCCACCUAUCCCCCUGCCCCUCGUCCACCGGAUCAUGCACGCCCACUUCUCCCGCCCGGAGCAGACCUCCAUCUCCUCAGACGCGCGACAGCUGGUGGGCAAAUACGUCGAGAUCUUCGUCAAGGAAGCCAUCCGGCGGUGCGUGGACGACAAGCGAGAGCGCGCCGCACACGGCACCGGCGAUGACGCCGUCGUGGGGGACACGGGGUGGUUGGAAGUCGAGGACCUCGAGAGGGUCGGCGUGCAGCUGUGUUUGGAUUUCUGA